AUGUUUAAUUAUGAAAGUAUAUUGAUUAAUGAAGAUGUUGUAUCAGAAAUGACCAUUGAAGACGCGAAAAAGUUAAAACCUUAUUGGAAUGUUCAAAUAGCCAAUUUUAAAAAAAGUUCAAAAGAACCAAUGUUUACUUUAUUACAAAUGGCUAUAUUACUAAACAAAAAAGAUAUCGUUGGGUAUUUACUAGCCAGAAGAGGUUUAGAUAUUAAUGCUUUGAGCAGAAAUAACCAAACAGCUUUAAUGAUAGCAUGUGAUAAAAAAGUACCACUAGAUUGGAUUGAAGCAAUUUUAAAAAGAGGAGGAGAUUUAGGGAUAAAUAUAAAAGAUGAUUAUGAACAAACAGCUUUAGAUAAAUGUAAUUUUAAUUCAAAAGCUUAUCAUUUGCUUUUAAAAUAUGGAGCUAUAGAAAAGAAAAAUGGUGUCAAGGGGAAGGGUGCUACGACAAAGUCCAGCAAAUUCGGGGAAAGCUUAUGGCUCAAUGUUUGUGGAUGUGGUUCAAGAUAUUACAAAUAA